AUGGCAUCGAUCAAAAACGCAAAUACUCACAUUGCCGAAGCAUCGUCGGAGUUAUCUUUGAUCCCCCAGGAAUUCAGUAAUACUAGGCUCAACGAGUUGGCUGGCCAUGCAAAGAUUUUGUCUGCUGUAGCCGUCUUUGCGGAACUUAACCUUAUGUGGUACGAUAGGAAGGAAAAUACAGAGACAUUUGGUCAAAAAUUCCGAACCUGCCAUAGAUACUUUGAGGAUGGGCAGCGCUUGGUGGGGCGCUACCGUACUGCGAAUUCCCCUGAUGGUGAUUACAAGAGGAUAGCAAAUCAGUUAGCCAAAUAUCUCAAAGAUAGAGAAUGGGCAGUUGAAGCGGCGAAAAAGUGGUUAGAUUAG